AUGAACGUGCUAGCAGAAUUUAGAGCACAUGCUGGCCCAAUUUUGUGUAUAGCGUUUGAUAAUGAGGGAGAGUAUCUUAUAUCUGGAGGCCAGGAUAAAUUAAUAGCUUUAUCUCAAGUUUCCCUUGCCAAAAAAAUAACCACGUUUACGGGACAUACUGCGGAUAUAUUUAGUGUGGUUUCCUCCUCCGAUCAUAAAUGCAUCUUCUCCUCUGGAGUUGAAAAAUAUGUCUUUAUUUGGGAUGUUUCCAAUAGAAGAAUACUUCGACGCCUAUCUGGACACGGUGGCCCCAUUAACGCACUUUCUUUAUUUCCGCAUUCUGACGAAAUUUUGGUUUCCGGAUCGUUUGAUGCCACGGCUCGCAUUUGGGAUCUUCGAUCCUCCCAGCGGGUCCCUCUUCAAAUCCUGGAUGAAGCAAAAGAUUCAAUAACAUCAAUCAGUACCGGCCAUUCUUCCAUAAUAACAGGGUCUGCAGACGGAUAUGUUAGAAAAUAUGACAUAAGAAAAGGCCUGUUAGAUCAAUAUAAAACAUUUGAUUUCAGAGACAAACCGAUUUCCGUUUCUUGCGUAACGUUUUGUGAGGAGUCGGAUACCGCGAUUGUUAGCUCCUUAGACAAUUGUGUCAGAAUACUUGACCUUGCGUCUGGCGGUCUUCUGGCCUCUUGUUAUGGACAUUCAAACAAAUCCUUGAAAAGCUCACAUAUUCUACUCGAGCCGGAAGGGAAAUGCAUCGUUUCUGGCUCUGAAGAUAAUUACAUUUAUGGAUGGAAUAUAGAGGAGCUAAAAGGCCCAAGUUCCAAUGAUGAUGGCGAUAAUUUCUCGUUUAAAAGCGAUCAUUUUGGCUAUCCGACGCUUCAACUCGCAAAGGAUCCCAGGCGACCUAUUUUUGCAGGUGGCUCUUUAGACGGAAUCAUUCGCAUAAUAAAGUGUAAUUAA